UUGCUAUAGCGACGGCCAAGAUGGCAGCGGCUGGAGACGAACAUGCUGCCGCCGAAGUUUUGAGAGGCAUCAGCCGAUACUUAAACUGCCUGAACGAGGACAACAAGGCGACGCGAAAGAGGGCUCUCGAGUCGAUAAAGAAGCAGACUGUGAAUAAUGGACUCUCCGGCGGCGUUUUACAGGAAGUGUUCUCGUCUCUCCUCAAGCCUCUCCUCAAGUGUCUGUCAGACCCGACGGAGAAAUGCAGAGAGACCGCCAUUGCGAUCAUAACGGAGUUUAUUCGUUGCGUCCCCAAACCGGAGGAAGCGCUGCCUUAUCUCAUGCCCUGUCUGGCUCAGCGGCUCGGGGACAAGGAGAUCUUGGAGCCGUCGGAGGAGCUACGACUGUCGGCCGUGGAGAUGUUGACUCUGACGGUGGAGCUGUGCGGCAAACACUUGGCGCCGUAUCUCAACGACACGAUCAACAUUCUUCAGCGAACCAUCGUCGACCCGUUUCCCGACGUCAAAAAGGAAAGCUGCAAAUGCACCGUUAGCUUUGCCCGGGCUGUGCCAGAACAUUUUCACAUGCAAGCUGAGAGUCUGGUCAAGCCUCUCAUGCAGACCAUGAGUCAUCAGCACUCGCGGGUCCGGGUUUCGGUCAUCGAAGCCACCGGAGCAGUCAUACAGCACGGCAGCGGGAAAAACAUGGAUGAUGUGCUGUCACACCUCGCACAGAGACUGUUUGAUGACUCGCCACAGGUCAGAAAAGCCGUGACUGCAGUUGUCGGCGACUGGCUUUUAAACAUGAGAGAUCGAUACUCGUACUUCCACAAACUCAUUCCGCUCCUGCUGAGCAGCAUCAGCGACGAGAUCCCAGAAAUAAGACUGUUGGCAGCUGAUUUGUGGAGACAAGUCGGCCUGCAGUGGGAGAAGGAGAAUGAGGACGACAUAAAGGACAAGAUGGACUUCCUUCUCAGCCCACUUCCUCACUAUCCACCUGGAGUGGAGCGUCCUGGACUGGGCUGCAGAGAACUGGUGGUUAGAAACCUAGGCAGACUGGUUCCAGCCAUAGCGCACGACGUGACCGACUGGCUGGUACCGACCCGGGUCCGGACGUCCCAGCUUCUGUCCGUGCUGCUGCUGCACGCCGAGGACCACGCCACGCAGCACCUGCAGCCUCUGCUGGCCGUGCUCUACCGGGCCUGUACCGACACGGAGAGGGACGUGGUGAACAACUGCCUGGCAGCUGCUAAACUGAUUGGGACUUUUGUCCCCCCACCUGUCUUCCUGAAGCUGCUGCUUGAACAUGUGACGGCCCCGAGCUCUCCCUCCAACCCCUGGACCCCCCUGAUGGUUCUGGCUGCUGUCCUGGGAGGCAGCACCAAGGCGCUCCUAAAACCCCAUCUCCAGCAGGUCGCAGACACCCUGGCGCGACCCGAAGUUUGCCAGGAGUACCAACAGGUGAUGUACUUGGAGCAGCUGUUGGCGUGUGUGGAUGCGCUGCUGCAGCGGUGUGAGUCCGACUGCGGCUCAGUCAGCCUGCAGCUGCUGCAGGUGCUGGUCACCAUCCAGAGCCUCUCCACGGAUCCACAGCUCAGCGCCAAAGUCUUGGAGAGCGUACAGUUUUUGAGCAAGGUGCAGGGCUUGGACCCCAUCGAGCUCUAUAGACAACAUAUGGGACAGCUGCUAGACUGGUUGUCUGCCUCUGUCAACUCUUGGUCCAGCUACUCCCCACAGAGACUCCAGCUACACAUCGUUCUCAUGCAGUCAGGUCCAGUUAUAGGGGAGUUUUUGAGCCAGCUGAUGCCUCUUCUCCAUAACUGCCUCCAGCCAAACAGAGACACGGAAAUGAGGAUGAGCGUUUUCACGAUGCUCGCCAAGUUGCUGCUGAAUGCGAAAAACACACUGGAUUCCCAGGGGCAUUUCGGCGACGAGUCGGAGAGGUUUCUGAGUGACGUCCUUCUUCCUAACCUGGUGUGGCAUGCCGGCCGCACCGCUGCCGCCGUCAGAACCUCGGCCCUCAGCUGUCUGCUGGCCCUGCUGCACGGGGGGGCCAUUACAGCUGGACAGCUCCUGUGCCUGGAGGAGAAGCUGAGCCCCCUGGUGCUGUCGGCCCUGGAGGAGGACUCCCAGACGAGCAGACUGUUGGCUUGUCGCUCUCUUUCUGCCACACUCCAGCUCAUCGGGACCAGCUUGCACCACGAGGCUCUGAACAGGAUCUAUCCUGAGCUGCUGAAGCGCCUGGACGACAGCAGCGAGGAGGUCCGCAGCGUUGCCCUGCAAGCCGUGGGUCUCUGGUUGUCCAGCCUGACCAGCGACUACAACCCUGAGCUCUUUGCUCCCCAUCUGCAGCUCCUCUUUCAGCAGCUUCUCCUGCACCUGGAUGACCCGGACAGCGCCGUGCAGGACCAAGUGCUGGAAGUCCUGAAGAAAGGCAGCUCGGUUCACCCGUCUCUCCUGCAGAGAGAGACGGAGGCUGUGAGGGACAAACAGAGGAGUCCCCUUCGCUGUGACCUCCUGCUGCAGCACAUCAGCUCACCGUCCACAGAGACCGACACGAGCAACACGCAAAACACGAGCAGACUAAAAGUGGUGCCUUGACCCCCCCUCAUCAAAAUGAAAGUUUUAUUGUAAUUUACUUCCAAGUUAAAUGUGAUUGACCUUUGAAAAUGUUUGUGUACAUGUGUUUUUCACCGGGUGUUUUUUAUGCUUUCCUGCAGUCAUUCGUGUUAAACUUCUGUAGAUGUUUGCGUUCAUAGCGAUGUUUGCUGGUGGUAAUGAAGGUUGCUUUAUUGGUAUUUAUCAUUACUACGGGAGUAAUGGCGUGUCAGAAAUUCAGAGAAAUGGGAUUUAGUCUUGAAAGGACAGUUUUAUUUUUAUCAAAGCUAUUCAAUGACUUUUGUAAAUGAAAAGAACAUCUGAAUAAAUUUGAAUCUAAACAAGUUAAAA